GAUCCUCGCUGUCUGUCGGCAUUGAAGGGACCUGAUGUUUUACGUUAUUGGUGGGAUCACAGUGUCUGUGGUUGCAUUCUUCUUCACAAUUAAGUUCCUCUUUGAGCUUGCCGCACGCGUAGUCAGCUUCCUCCAGAAUGAGGACCGUGAGCGCAGAGGGGACCGGACUAUUUAUGACUACGUGCGGGGAAAUUACCUGGAUCCCCGGUCUUGCAAAGUCUCCUGGGAUUGGAAGGACCCCUAUGAGGUGGGCCACAGCAUGGCCUUCCGAGUGCAUUUAUUCUACAAGAACGGGCAGCCUUUCCCGGCACAUCGGCCGGUGGGACUGAGAGUUCACAUCUCUCAUGUCGAGCUGGCAGUGGAAAUUCCAGUGACUCAGGAAGUCCUCCAGGAGCCCAGUUCCAACGUGGUCAAGGUGGCCUUCACUGUGCGCAGGGCGGGGCGUUACGAAAUCUCGGUGAAGCUUGGUGGAUUAAACGUGGCCUACAGUCCCUACUAUAAGAUUUUUCAGCCUGGAAUGGUGGUUCCUUCCAAGACCAAGAUAGUGUGCCAUUUUUCUACUCUGGUGUUGACCUGUGGACAGCCACACACCCUUCAAAUAGUGCCCCGAGAUGAGUACGACAACCCUACCAACAAUUCCGCAUCCUUGAGAGAUGAGCACAAUUAUGGUGUGUCCAUCCAUGAGCUCGGUCCUCAAGAAGAAGAGAGCACUGGUGUCUCGUUUGAGAAGUCAGUGACAUCCAACAGGCAGACCUGCCAGGUGUUCUUGCGACUCACCCUGCAUUCUCGUGGCUGCUUCCAUGCCUGCAUUUCAUACCAAAAUCAGCCAAUCAAUAAUGGUGAAUUUGACAUUAUUGUCCUAAGUGAGAAUGAGAAGAAUAUUGUUGAACGCAAUGUGUCCACCUCAGGAGUGAGCAUUUACUUUGAGGCUUAUCUUUAUAAUGCUACCAACUGUACCAGCACGCCCUGGCACCUUCCGCCCAUGCACAUGAGCUCCUCCCAGCGCCGGCCUUCUACAGCUGUGGAGGAGGAAGAUGAAGAUUCACCCUCUGAGUGCCAGACCCCUGAGAAGGUGAAGAAACCAAAGAAGGUGUACUGCUAUGUGUCACCAAAGCAAUUCUCAGUGAAGGAGUUCUACCUGAAAAUCAUUCCCUGGCGCCUUUAUACCUUCCGAGUGUGCCCAGGAACAAAAUUUUCAUACCUUGGCCCUGACCCUGUUCAUAAGCUCCUCACACUAGUGGUAGAUGAUGGCAUUCAACCACCUGUGGAGCUUAGCUGUAAGGAGAGGAACAUUCUAGCAGCCACUUUCAUCCGCUCCCUCCAUAAGAAUAUAGGAGGCUCUGAGACCUUUCAGGACAAGGUGAACUUCUUCCAGCGAGAGCUUCGGCAGGUACAUAUGAAAAGACCACAUUCCAAAGUCACCCUGAAGGUCAGCAGACAUACCUUGUUGGAAUCGUCUCUGAAAGCCACUCGGAAUUUCUCCAUCUCAGACUGGAGCAAGAACUUUGAAGUGGUUUUCCAAGAUGAAGAAGCUCUGGACUGGGGAGGGCCUCGCCGGGAAUGGUUUGAGCUCAUCUGCAAAGCACUAUUUGAUACCACCAAUCAACUCUUCACCCGAUUCAGUGACAACAACCAAGCAUUAGUACAUCCCAACCCUAAUCGCCCCGCUCAUCUGCGCUUGAAGAUGUAUGAGUUUGCAGGGCGGCUGGUGGGCAAGUGUCUCUAUGAGUCCUCUCUAGGAGGAGCCUACAAGCAACUGGUCCGAGCUCGCUUCACCCGCUCUUUUUUGGCCCAAAUCAUAGGACUACGUAUGCAUUACAAGUACUUUGAAACAGAUGACCCAGAAUUCUACAAAUCUAAAGUUUGCUUCAUCCUCAACAAUGACAUGAGUGAGAUGGAGCUGGUCUUUGCAGAAGAGAAAUAUAACAGAUCAGGUCAAUUGGAUAAGGUUGUAGAACUCAUGACAGGUGGAGCUCAAACCCCAGUCACCAAUGCAAAUAAAAUCUUCUAUUUAAAUUUAUUGGCCCAAUAUCGUCUGGCCAGUCAAGUGAAAGAGGAGGUGGAACACUUCCUAAAAGGCCUGAAUGAAUUGGUCCCUGAGAACCUUUUGGCUAUUUUUGAUGAAAACGAGCUUGAGCUGCUGAUGUGUGGGACUGGGGACAUCAGUGUGUCUGACUUCAAAGCCCAUGCAGUGGUUGUUGGCGGCUCAUGGCAUUUCAGAGAAAAGGUCAUGAGGUGGUUCUGGACCGUGGUGUCCAGUCUGACCCAGGAGGAGUUGGCUCGGCUGCUGCAGUUCACGACGGGCUCCUCUCAGCUACCACCCGGAGGUUUUGCCGCCCUCUGUCCCUCGUUCCAGAUUAUUGCCGCUCCGACCCACAGCACGCUCCCGACUGCACACACGUGUUUUAACCAGCUGUGCCUCCCCACAUAUGACUCGUACGAAGAGGUGCACAGGAUGCUGCAGCUGGCCAUCAGUGAGGGCUGCGAGGGCUUCGGCAUGCUCUGACCACUCUCCUGCCACUCCCCGGGCCCCCGUGCUUCCUGGAGCACCUGGGUACACCUAACACCGUGACAACCACUGACCCUAACGCGUCUCCAUCAGCCAGAAGCUGCUGCAUGCUCCCCCGUGUCUGGAGGACUGGCUCGCCUACGAGCCAGGUUGCUCCCUCGCUGCCCCCUCCACCUCUCCCCCACCAGCCACUUCGGCACGGCGUGGAGUCUGAGCUGCUCACUCAUGAGAAGAAGACCACGCUGCUGUCACUUCACUUGGUUCUCAGAAGAUCUCGGGAGCUGAGGGAGAUUACACAAAUGGCUCGGCUUCCUUAGCAGGCUGGGGCCCGCCUUGCUCAGCCUCCUGUGCCGAUGCCCCGACAGGUCCCUCUGCGGCCCGCAUUACUUGCCCUUCGGCGACGUGAGUCCUUCCUGGGCACAGGGCAAUGGCCCCUUCCCACCAGGAGCCGGGAGAAGCGCAGAUAGCAAGUGACCCACAUGAGCAGUCCUCAUUUUCGUCCCUCUGCACCAUGGCGGCCUCAGGUCCACCACUGGUCUACCUCGAAGGGGGACUGAUGGCACAAAAGGAUCUUUUUUUGUGGUGUCAGAACUGGAAAAGGAGCUUUUUUCCCUGAAGGCAUUUCUGGAAAUGAUCAUUAAUCCAUAAAGAACUCUCUAAGCUUUUUCUUGAGUUUGAGCCAGUGAGAAAAAACAGACCCAAGAAUGUGAAAGAUAGCUGGGCCAUAGCUUCCAGUGCUGAAAAUGAUUUUCCUUUAGGGCAUGUCUAGGCCUCUGGCUGGCCUGGAAGACUACUGAUGUUUGUCCCUGAGUUUGUCCUAUACACUGAGGUGUGGCUGGGCCUGGCCGCUUAGCUCCACCUUAUGCAGUCUGCUAAGAGCUAGGGAUUCUUUAGCUUUCUACGGAAGAAAAUUUUGUAGCAAGGGUUUGGGGUAGUAAGAAUAGCAUGCUAAGACUCCCUGACUCUCUCCUUGCUUGGUAUUCUCUGGCGGCACUGAGGCAAGGGAAAAGGGAUCAGUGGCUGAAGUGCUUAAUCACAGGUCUGCGGGGUCCGACAGCAAACACCCAGCGGCCCACUGACCUCCUUCCCUCUCUAAGCUGCCAGCAAGAGCCCCUGAGGAGGGAGGACGAUCUAGUAGGUUCACUGUUACACGGUGACUGAAGAGAAACUGCCACUGGCUCUUGGUAAGUCACACCAUCCUUUUUCAUGACAAUUUGAAUGCAGCCAUUUUCAAGACUCAGUAUCUCAUCAACUUCCCGAAUCUCUGUUUUUAAGAAGGCUUUGCUGCAAGCUACCAUUCUCAACGGGGCAUUUAACCCUGAUUACAAGCCAUCUUUACUGCCAAAACCAGCAAGUCCACAGAGUCCGGGGAUGAGGCGGGGCUUGUGGCCGUGCCUCGGCCUCCUGGAAGCCUGUCUGAGCCCUCCUGUUCCCAGGGACCACGAGGAACCAGCCCUCCUGAGCUGCUCCUGCUGCGGCCUGAUCUCACUCCUUUGCGGUUGUCAUUUGUCCUUCUUGGCGUUGGGUGCUGACCUCACUCGUUCUUGGGUCCAGGAUCCAGCAUCAGGGCCUCGACAACCCCAGCCAGGGUCCUCCAUGCCACACGGUCACUGCUGUCCUCAGGGACCAGGACAAGGUGCUGCUGCUUGCUCCAGCGUUUUCCCAUGGGACAAAUACAGGCAAGUUUCAUCAUCACCCUGGAAACAUGAUGCUGCCCCUCAGGCCUAGAGAGGGGUUUCCAGCUGGGGGCUCAGGGGCUGGUUCUGCUGUCUUUGGCAGCUCUUCUCUUCUGGAUUCUGCGUUCUCCCCUCCAGUGGCCCUCUGGAGACCAGUGCUGGAGUUCGAUUUGAUUUUCUUGGCGAGAUCUGUCCUUUUCAGCUCUGGUCGUAGCACUUUUUGGCGCAUCCUGGGUGUUACUACAGCCCGGCUGCGGCAGCUUGCAGCCCUGUGGUGGGCCUCAGCCCCAGGGUCUUGGUUGAACAAAAACCCUUUGGUACUGUUGUGGUUUUCUAUUCUUCCAGUGUACUCUGUCUCCUAAGUCUGUUCCAAAGUAUCUUUGCCCUGUUUGGCCUUUUCUUUUACCUUUCUUUCUAACCCUGCUGUGCUACCAGCCAGUAUGGGGAAAAGGUACAACAUGUCAGGAGGAAGAAUACCUGUUACUUCUCGGGCAAUUGUGAAUUUCACGUUUCUUAUUUUGGCCAGUUCUUUGAUUUAUGCUCCUGUGGCCCAGGUACUUGGGGGGCCAUGUAAACGGCUGGCCUUGUAGUGUCUUGGAAGGAGACCAAGCAAGCACCGAGUGAACACCAAGGAGAGCAUCAGCAUGUUUUCUAGAGACCAAGCGCUGCUGCAAAUCCGUCAGGCCAGGCCAAGGGGCCAGACCGCUGCAGCGAUAGUGUAAAUAUUUUGUACAGUAAAUAAAUCAAUAUUGAAAAGGACUAAGGAGCAAGUGACUUCUUUAAGUGGC